AUCUCGAGAGCUCGAGGAACAUCCAAUUCUUCGUCGCAGUAUCCCAAAUGAAUUAUAAAGGCAUGGAGUGCAGAUUCUGCCAAAAGUCCUUCUCAAAGGGCGAGCAUCUCAGGAGACAUGAACGCAGUCAUACUGGCGCACGCCCAUUCCGCUGCAAAGAAUGCCAGCGUCCUUUUGCAAGACAAGACUCUCUUGCCCGCCAUGAAAAACUCCACACCCGCAAAGACCCAAUCCACUACCCCUCACCACCCUCAAGUCUGAUCUCCCAACCCUCACAACGAAUGACAGCCUCACUCUCCCCCAUGGGCAUCCCCGAAAUGGCCCACGAGAGUCCCGUCUCCCUUCCCGGAGGAAUGUCCGACCAACUAUCCGUCGCAGGAGACCAGAAUAGUGCGCAGACGAUGCCUCCACCUCCUCCUUCUGCUGAGCUGGAUUUUGAUCUCAUGUGGCCGGAUUCCGAGGAUUUGUUCGAGACCCUCAUGGCGUCCGAGACGAAUAAUCAGUGGCAGAUGCCGUUUACUACUUUGCCGAUUUCGUCGAAAUCGCUGUAUACUUCCAACACGGCGUUUUCGACACCGAGUUCUUUUCGCGAGCAGGGGCCGUCUAUUGAUGCUAUUCCUUCUGGCGAGAGUCAUAGAGCGGUGCAUAAUGUUAGCAAUAUGGUUACUACUUUGUCUUCUUCGGUUACAGCUGCGGUGGAAGCUACUUCUCUCAGCUCGGUGUUCCUGGAUGAGUGUUUGCAUAUGUUCUUUUGUCGAUUUAUUCCUACGUUUCCGGUGCUUCAUAGAGCUACGUUUGUGUUUCGGGAGUGUACGCAGCCUUUACUGUUGAAUGCUAUGGCGAUUGGGUCGCUGUAUCUGGGGCCAAAGGACUCGAUUGCUAAGGGAGAAGCUCUGUGGAGACUUGCUCAUGUGGCUGUCACGACAUCUUGGGAAGUCCUCAUCACUCACCGAGGGCCGUACGAUUCAUGUCAAGGCGUCCAACUAGUAGUGACUGCCCUCCUCGCUCAAAUUUACGGCGCUCUCUCAAAAAACCGAGUAAUCCGCACAACCUCCCAAGCUUUUCACGCUUUAGGUUUCUUCUGGGCCCGCCAAUGCACUUCUUCUCUUCCAUCUCCUCUUCCCUCUCCCAAUGCCUCCGAAUCCGAGAAAAACACCGCUUGGCGAACCUGGGCGGCCAAAGAAAUUCAACAACGUGCUCUGCUGGGUCAUUAUCUAGUCGACGGCCUCAUUUCCCGCAUGUCAGGGGAAACACCUUCUGUCCGACAUACAGCGAAUGCUCUAGGUUUGCCGAGCACAGAGAUUUCGUUCGAGGCCAGGACUGCAGAUGAAUGGUUAACUCACAUGCGGUCUCAGGAAACCACGCAGUUUUCAUUCCGAAAGAUUAUUUCUAGCUUAUUUCUUCCCGAAGGACAAGCCUUGCUGCAUCACACAUUCUCCGCCUUCUCCCUGCGAGUGAUCCUCGAGGGCCUCCAGAGCCUAGUAUCAGACGUCGACUCAGACGAAGCACUAAUAGGCGUCCCCACCAAAUCCGAACUCCGCCGAGCCCUCGCCCAACUCCACGAAUCGAUCGCCGCAUCCCCAAACCUCUCCAACCCAGAAAGACUAGAGCUCUUCCUCCGCUGGCACACCAUCUGUCUCGACGCCUGCAAAGACUCGAGCCUCCUCUGCCGUAGCGUGUGCAAGCAAUACAACAUCGCACAACACGUCGUAGCGACCAAGCAAGCAGACGACCAGCAGCUCGAUCUCGUCAGCUGGGCCAACACCGAGGAUGCCAGACGGGCGCUGGUACACGCUAUCGCCAUCCAGGAGAUCGUCGAACAGUUGCCCAGGGGCAGGGCGCACGUAAUCCAUAUCCCGAGCUCGCUGUUCGCGUCGGCGACGGUGUACUGCGUGUUCUCGCUCGCGGGGCAGACGACGGUGCGGCUGCCGGCGGUGGUGGAUUGGCAGUCGGUGCUGUCGACCCGGUAUGAGGAUGUGGGAAGCGGACAGCUGGGAGAAGGCGGUGAUGUGUGUGAGACGAGGAAGUAUGUGAGGGGGGAGUAUGCGGCGGGGGUGUUUGGGGCGACGGGGGCGGGGAAGAAUUUGUUGUAUGAGUUGAAUUCGAUGCAGAAGUUGUUUAGGUGUUUGUGUAGUCAGUGGGGGAUUGCUUAUGAUAUGGAGGAUGUGAUUGAUCAGUGGAUUUCUUUGUGUCAUUGA